GAUUAAAAAAAAAAACAAUUGUUGGAUAAAAAUCAUAUCCAACUAUCAUGAAAAAUCCUGUAUGCAACCUCUCUGUACAUAUAAAUUUUCUGAUGUCUGAAUUUUUUCAGCCCCCGACGAUGCCUCGCUACAUAUUUUAUGGUUCUUUCCUUACUUUAUGGAGAAGAGGAUAAUUGAUUCAUUUGAAGAUUUCCAAAUGCUAGAUUACAAGGUGGAUUAUGACAACCAUCAGCUGUUCCAGGGUGAUGUGAAGAAGUAUGGUUCCCCGGUCAGGAUAUUUACCAAUGUUCCCCCUCACAAGAUCUCCCUCCCAGCAGAAGAGGGGUACAGGUUUUGUAAAGUAUGUAAUAGGUAUUCUUCUAAGGAAAAUGUUCACUGUGAUGUCUGUGACAUUUGCCCCUCAAAAGAUGGCAGGACAUACAAACAUUGUUUUCAGUGUGAACGGUGUGUGAAGCCCAACAAAGAACAUUGCAGUGUUUGUAAAUCAUGUCAGUUAAAAGAUCACAACUGUGGGAAACCUAGACAAGGAUGCCAUAUUUGUGGAGCUUUGGGUCACAAGAGGAGAAAUUGUCCAAAGACAGGAUCUCAAUCACCAGCCAAAAGGAAGAAGAAAUGGUCUGAAGAUGGAGCAAGAAAAAAAAUGAAAUGUACAAAAAUUUAAAAUAAAACUUGGUAUCUAUCAAA